GAAUCGAGUUCUGUUCCGUCCACGUGAAACCAGUCGUAAAUUUACAGUAGUUGUUUCCAUUGUCAAAAAGUUUUGUUGCGUGCAUCGUAGCUGCGCGCGUGGUCGAUCGAGGAAGAAGACUUUUGUGCCUUCCACGCCGGGCACCGCCACUCUAUCAUGAUCAAAUUAUUCUCGUUAAAACAGGCGAAAAAGGAUGGCGAGUCGCCGAAAGCUGGCACCCAAAAGAAGGCAUCUGCAGCACAACUGAGAAUCACAAAAGAUAUAAAUGAACUUAAUCUUCCAAAAACAUGUGGGACAGAGUUUCCUGAUCCAGAUGACCUUCUCAGCUUUAAGCUAAUUAUUUGUCCAGAUGAGGGAUUUUAUAGAGGUGGCCGAUUUGUCUUCAGCUUUAAAGUUGGACCAAAUUAUCCACAUGAGCCGCCUAAAGUAAAAUGUGAAACACAAGUUUAUCAUCCUAAUAUUGACUUGGAUGGCAAUGUGUGUCUAAAUAUUUUAAGAGAAGAUUGGAAACCAGUCCUUACAAUUAAUUCUAUUGUCUAUGGAUUACAAUAUCUUUUCUUGGAACCAAAUCCAGAAGAUCCAUUGAAUAAAGAUGCUGCGGAGGUCCUGCAAAAUAAUAGGAGAGCGUUUGAGCAGAAUGUAGCAAAAGCAAUGAGAGGUGGCUAUGUUGGCGCGUUUUAUUUCGAACGGUGUCUCAAGUGACAUUAACGUUUACUUUAUCCGAGGACACAUUGAGAAAAGAGAUCGAGAGUAGAACUCCUUCAUGCUCUAAACGUGUUCCUCUCAUCCAUCUCAUUCGUUUUAACGGGCCUCUUUGCGUCUUCAUGAGUGCUUCGUACCUUUGGUCAAUAAACCAUCGGUAAAAAAUACCACCGAUGUGCUGUUUUCUCGGAGUUGUGGGAUACUUUUUUUCCUUUCUGUACUUUUUUUUCUUUCAAAUGUAACAAAGAAUUGAAAUUGUAUUUACACUUGCAAGCUUUUUAUUCAACUGUUAAUUCGUUAGUAUAUAUAAUGAAAACAGAACAUAUUGCUAAUAACGAUUAUUAAAGUUGUUUUUGAAAGUACGUCCAUUAAUGAUUAGAAAUUACUGCUUUGCUAGAUACGCUUUUUGCAAGAUUAAACAUGAAAAUAAGCGUAUAAUUAUUUUGUAUUUAAAAAUUUAUUUUUAACUACAAUCUUCUAUACCCAAAUGAAAAUUUCGUAGUAUCUCUAAAACUGGAAUUGUUCUAAUCUUAUUUUUAAAAAUGUAUAUAUAUAUAUGCGUAUAGGCAACAGCAAAUGUAUCUACAAUUUCAAUCAUCGCAGCUCCUCUUAUAAAUGUAUCUCCGCCCUGAGGGUUACUUCGCAGGAUAUAAAUUAUUUUCCAUAAAUGGAUAUAUGUAUAUAUCCUGCUAAGUUCUUCAUUUAAAAUCACGUAACUUAACUUAUGUAUCGAUCGAAAGUGGAAUAUAAGGCUGUUAACGAAAAAA